ACAAGUGACACUGCACUGACAUGACUUGUCGUCGUCAGAAAAAAACUGAAAUAACACCAAUAUUUCUUGCGUUUAUCACUGGUUCAAUCGGAUUGAUUUGCGUAAUGUAAUUUAAUAAACUUCUAAAACGUUAAUAAAUUUACCGGCGCAUUUAAAGUGUAAAGGCAAAUAGCAAAACAGACAAAAUGUUGGCUCGGAAUAUAUCUCGGAGUUUUUGGAAUGCUCUGCGUCUGGAGACUCGAUUCUUGUCUUCGGAUACAGCCAAACCGCUGCCUGAAGCCAAAGAAAGUGUAGAGCCUAUUCAGGCAGAGGCACUGGACAAGGACAUCUGCCUACUGGUAGAUGAGAAGGACAAUAUUAUUGGUACGGCAACUAAGAGGGAAUGCCACAAAGUCGGGCCCGAGGGUGACAUUCUGCUGCACCGAGCCUUUAGUGUCUUCCUAUUUAACAAGAGAGGGGACAUGUUGUUACAAAGGAGGUCAAGCCAAAAGGUUACAUAUCCAGAUUAUUAUUCGAAUGCCUGCUGCAGCCAUCCAUUGUACAUUGACAACAAGCCCGAGAACAUCAUAGACGCCGCCAGGAGGAGGCUCAACCAUGAACUAGGCAUACCAAUGGAUCAGAUGGCGCCGGAACUGUUCACGUUCCUGACGCGCGUGCACUACCACGACCCCGGCGACGGCGUGUUCGGCGAGCACGAGAUCGACCACGUGCUGUUCCUGCAGAGCGACGUCAAGAUCAAGCCCAACUCGGACGAGAUCUCCGAGUACUGCUUCGUGCCCAAGAACGAGUUCAAUGCAUUUAUCCCGACAUUGGAAGGGCCCAUAACACCCUGGUUCAACAUGAUCAGGCGCCAUAGACUGAAGCUAUGGUGGGACAACCUCCACCGCCUCAACGAACUCGCUGAGCCUGAGAAAAUACACAAGUUCAUAGACAAAUAGUCUUAUUAGCUAUUACCAUUUAUAUCAUUGUCAUUAAUAAUUAUGUGUAAAUAAUUAAUUACCAACAAGAAGCAGUAACCGUUCUAACUUGGCAUUUUAUUUAGUUCAUUUCAAUUUAUUAUGUGUUAACUUUAUUUUCUUUAGCAGUUAUUUACCUUAUAGCCAUGACGCUUGAAAUAUCUGAACAGUUGCAAUUGACUGUUAUUGAGACACUUGAAUCAAGGAACUAAUUAUGUAUUAUGUACACAACUGUAGAGCUGUUUCAUGUGAUCAAUAUUUUAAGCUUAUUACCAGUGUCCUACUUAUUAUUUUGUUUUAAUCGUAAGUUUUAGAUUAUAAGGCGCUAUAAAGCGAAAAUAGUCUAUGUUAAAGCCAUACAUUCUGUCCUGCACAGAUAUUUCUAGUUUUGUUUCGUAAGCAGGCAGCUGAUAAACGCUAGUAUGUAAAUAGAUAUUUAAAUGGGUGCUCCAAAUGCAAAUUAUAUUCAAAUUAUUUAUUUUAUUAAACGCUAUUCUCCA